AUGGAUCGUCAAUCAAAAGCAGGGUUGUUGGAACGUAAUAAGGUCCAAAAUCUGCCGAACAAUCCUCCAUCUGACGGAAAGAAUUCAGAACCACGGAUCCAAAUCGACCUGGUUUACUGUCUGCGGCGCGGUUGGCGUACGACUAACCGGAGAGGAAAGCCUGGAAAAUCGAUUGUUCUAUUCCAAGGUCCUCCAGAGGCCGCACCUGUCAACUAUUCUGUUCCUCCAACUAAGAAGAGAAACCGGGAGGAGGAGCCCGUCGAAGAUGACGGGAACCGGCGGAACCCCUCAGCGAAGAAGCUGAUCAUUAUGGAACCAGGCGCCUCUUCUUCAUCAGGGAGGCCGAUUCCUCAAAAUGGUGCCGAAAGGGAUGCAGAAAGCAGCCGUUCGGCCAAAGGGAAGGCGCCUGCUGUGACGCCCACGAAGCAGUACUUCUGCGACAACUGCCGCAAGAAGUUUGAUUCCCACUUUGCACUGGGCGGCCAUCGGGCGUUCCAUGUAAGGGAGACGAGAAGGUGGUGGGGCCACCAGCCAUCAUGGGGGGCUUUAUGGUAUGGACAGCAGGGGGUGCCGCCGAAUUACCAAGAGACUGUGCACGUGCACCGUGAGCAGCACGAAUGCCCGUGGUGCGACAGGAGCUUCACAACCCGACAGGGCCUGUCGGCACACAGCCGGUUUUGCCGCAUGAGGAGGCAGCGAGAAGAGAAUCAAAAACCUGCGGUGGGCAGGGAUUUUGAUCUCAAUCAGCUCCCCCCGGAGGCUUUCUUACCUGAGGAAAUCCUGAGGCUGACUUGGCGCUAG